AUGAAGUACCUAGAUUAUCCUAUACUGAACCAACUUUCCUCCACCCUCUCCUCAGAUGGAGAUUCGGACCUCCAGGUGAACGCGAGGUUCGAAGCUUACUCUGUUAAACCUGUAGGUAAAGAGAAGAGGAUGUUCAAAGAGAGGGAGGAAGCUUAUAUGUCAGAACAAGAGGGUAUGGACGAAAUGAGCUUCUCACCUGAGAUGAGAGAGGCAGGGUUGGCGAGUUGUUUUGGACGAUUGGACGAAAAGGAAUCUAGGAAAGUCCACUUCUUACUUGUCUCUACGCUGAAUGCCGCUUUUCCCGACCACGAUUUCACGUCCCUUCGACCUGAUCAUUUCACAAGGGAAAGAUCAGCUGCGCAAGUCCUAUCCCACCUGAGUGGAAGUCUUUUAAGCUCAUCUGGAGCAGGAACUACCCCGAUCAUUCUUUCUCAGCUGGCAUCUUUCACUCCACCAACCGCACACAAGAGUUCACCCAUCAUAUCUCCAGCGAACUCAUCGCCCAACCUUGGACCAACCGUCCCUUAUCCAGACUUAUAUCGAAUACUGAACGAUGUCAUCCCGAUGGAAGACUGCGAAGUCUAUUCAUGGUUCCCUGAACCAGAAUACGAUCCUCAUAUCGAUACUCCGACUGUCCCCUCGGAAGAUGAAGAUGAGGAAUUGCUAUUUGAGCAAGAUAAGAUGGAUUUGGACGAUGCCGAUAACGACCCGUCGUGGGGCGUAGGUGGUAUGGAGAUGGAACUGGAUGUGGAUGAAGAGAAAUUACAUUCUGUACCUAUGAUGAGACAGAAUUCGACGUCGGGUGGAGGUGCUUCUGCUGCUGCCCAAGCACAUAGACGAAGUAGUGAGAGCGCGUUGAUCAUUCCUCACGACUGGGAUCUAAGCAAAGAAAGGAAAGUGAACGGAUUGCUGUGGAGUGCGAAUUACUUUUUCUACAGCAAACGUCAAAAACGUAUUUUAUUCCUAACAUGCUGGUGUCGAAAUCGCCCCUCCCAUCCUAUUCCUCAAAUCGAAUCUGCAUUCCCAGUGCAGAUUUCCGCAUCAUUCUCAUCGCCUUCUUCGUCAUCGUUCGAACAUCUCGUACCCCUCGUCAAUUCAGCUGCGUCCAGAACUCAUCGAUAUACACAUCAUCAUAGUCAUCAUCGCAAAUCGAAAUCCAACUUGCGUACAAUCUCAAGCAAGAGUGGGGACAACACUUCAUCGACGAUCCCCAUUAGGGGUAUGGAAAGGCCUUCUUACAGUAACCAGAUUGCACCUUCUACACCACGUACGACAUCGAGAUUGGCAAGUUCUGCUCCGGGCAGUAACACUGGGUUCAUGGGAACGAAAUCCCCAAUGACGAAAAUGAUGGCUGGUGGAUUCAAACCUAAACAAACUCCUGCUAGAGCGGCUAUGAACGCUCAGCAGCAGCAACAGCAGAAACCCCAAGAUGGACCUGUGGAUAUCGGUAGGACGAGAGAGAGGAGCGGAUCAACUACUCCUGGACCUAGUGUAGGUUCGACGAGUGCCCUGACGGCUGGACUGAGGGGGAAUAUACAUGGAUUAGGAGAGAAAGGCAAGAGGGUGAAAGUGUAG